AAAUUAUUAAAAAUGCGUCCAACACCUAACGCUACUGCAUUUUCCGAUUCAGUGACAAUACUCCAACUAUUCAUGCCGACAACCAACGAAGUGCAGCACAAACACGAACUUAUCAAUUUCAUUCAAAACCCUAUUUGCGACGUUGCCAGCUCGCCGGCUCGACGGCGCGACCGCGCAGCGGGCCAGUCGCGAGACGCGCGCGGUACGCAAGCCACGCAGCGCAACCGCUAUGUCGUAUUGCCUCGACGUCGAGUCGUUCAUAAACGAAGUGAAGAAACACCCGGAGAUAUGGGACAUUUCGCACGAAGACAACCGUCACAAGUCGAGGAAAAAUCGAGCGUGGGGCGAAGUCGCUCGAUUGUUUAUUGAGGAGUUUGAUGAGAUGUCAGAGGGAGACAAAAACGAUGUUUACAGAAAACUACACGGCAAAUGGCGGAACAUUCGAGACUCCUUCGUACGCAACAUGAAGAAACCCGAUGGCAAGAAGGGCUACAUGUACGCUAAACAACUAUCCUUUCUCAACGCAGUUUACAAAGGCUCCGGCAGCGAAGCGGAGGAAAAUGAUUCCAAUUCGAAUCAGUUGUGGGACGAAAGCGAGGACGAUGAUCGGAAGAGGAAAAACAAAAGACGGCACUUCCAAGUUUUGAACGAUUGCAAUUGGAGCGACGAUGAGACUCCCUCGACCAUAGAAAAUUUAAAAAGAAAACGGGUCACGAACAUCAAAACCGAACCCACUUUAGAAUUCGUGGAUACUCCGCCUUCAAUGACUCCUUUUGCAGAGGCUUCAUUUAAUGUACCUACUGAGGAUGAAGAUAGAUCGUUUUUCGAAUCGCUAUUGCCAGCGGUUAGAUCAUUCGAUCUGGAUCAAAAAUUAGAGUUCCGAUGUCAAGUUAUUACAGCUAUUAAAAAUAUAAGAACAAGUGCACAACAUCAGUCGAGUAGUUAGUGUUGGGUAUCGGACUACUUAUGCUUGGCAAGAGCCAGUUAGAUAGGCUUACUGAUUAAUACAUUUAAUGUAAUUAUAGUUUUUCUAAUUUAGCUUUAUGUCUCAUUCCAAUAAAGUUAAGAUUCUUAA